UCAGGUAAGCCUGCAAUACAGGAAGAAACAACUCAUUUGCUGUAAAAGCUUUUGAUUGUUUUGUCGCCCUUGAGUUCUGAACCUGCUCUAAAGAUACUGUGGCAAGGCAACAUAGUGCCUGUGCCUGUGCUGGUACUCUAGAUAAUGGCAGGUUGGACUCAAGAUGUCGUUAUCGAAUCACCACCAGAGCACAGCAAUAUUAUCUCUCCUAGAGAUGAGUAUGAGGUUUCACGCAGACUUCAAACCUUGGAAGAGAAGAUUGUAAACAUACUGAAGAAAACCUGCCAGCAGAAAGAGCUGCCUCUCCAAGAAGAUGAAAGGGCCCCUGUGAAAGAUGACUCCGAUUCAAGCACUGAAAUGUUGAAACUGCUUCAAUCAAUGGAAACCAAACUAAACUGCAUUGAAACAUGCUUGGGAAAAGAUAAUAGAAGAUUACUCACUACUACGCCUGAACAGAACGAAGAUGUCAGCGACAAAUUCCUGUAUACUGUGUUGGGUAACGUCACUGAUGUAGACUGGAAACACUUAAUGAGAAUCCUUGGCCUCACUGACCCUGAAAUGGAGGGAAUUAAGCAGGAACACUUAUUUGAUAUUAAAGAGCAAAAAUAUCAGAUGCUGCAGCUGAUUAAACAGAAGAAAAGAGAAAAAGGGGAGACUGUUUCAAAAGGGGAACUACAACAAGCUUUACAAAUCCUCAAGCUGACAGAUGUGCUAUCCUGUGUUGAAGCCGGGAGUCAUACCUCAGCACCUGCUACCUUGGGCUGAGCAAGAUGAUGUUAUUUGUGUUCCUUUAAAACAAGUUUUGUUUUGCUUAGGUGUAAAACAACUGGACCUUGAAUCUGGAGACAUCUGAAAUACAAGAAUCAAGACUGCCAGCCAGGAAUACAACUUCUAACGACUUAUGAAUCUAAUCAGACGGACUGGCGCAUUCACACAGAACAGGACACAACCGUUCACCUCACACAUCAACCACACUGACGCAUUUAUACAGUCAGGACACAACCAUUCAAACCAGUCAUGUAACGUACUGAACUAUAGUGAGACGACCAUCAAUGCUUUUUGAUCUUGCAUUGUUUUUAGUAUUAUACUAUAUUAAAUUAUUCUUAAAUUUGCUUCCAUUUAUAAAUUGUAUCUGUGUAUUUCAAAAAAUGUCUGGACAGCUCUCCUGGUUGAUUCAUACACAAGGCAUCCAGGUUUUAUAAGUUUGAAAGUAGCAAAACACUUAAAAUCAGGAUUCUAAAACUGAUGUUUUAAUGCUAAAAGGUGUACAAAUGAUGACCAAAAAACACUUCUAACACAGUAACUGAAGAAAAGGAUACAGCUUUUUAUAUGUGGUUACCAAUUUGAAACAACAGCACAUCAUUUGUUUCAACAAACAUUUUCACUCAAGAUAAACAUGGUGUAUUAAAAGGGCAAACUUUUUUCAUGA